AUGACAGCACGCAACGCACAGCUCGAGCGGUACGACGGCGGGGAAACGGAUGACUAUUCAAGUGACUCAGAUGUCUAUAGUGACAACAUAUCCGAAUGCGAAUCUGAAGAAUGUGAUAAUUAUGAGUCAGAUACUGAGACUACUAUUAAGUCUCCAAUACCCCAACCCCCUAAAGUAGAAGAACAAAUGUCUAAUUCGGCGUAUUCCACAGAUCGGGUGAGAGUUAUAUAUACUCAAAGGCAAGAAAAGUUCGAUAAUAAAUUCACUCAAAUGGAUCUACUAAAUAGAAUUCGCAAAAUUGUCUUUUCACCUGUCAGAGAUAUGUCGAACAAUAAAGGAUCAUUAGAAGAUAUACAUUUAUGGGAUUAUCUCUUACCUAAUUACGGAGCAAAAGAAGGAAUUAGUCUGCUUGAUGCGUACACACGAGAAGAAUUGGUUGAUAGAUUAGUCAUCCAAGUAGAGCAGAGGGGUUAUUAUAAAUAUUCAGUUGUAGAUAAUAUUUCUGAAGUAUAUGGGGUUCCUGGAGUACAUGAAUGUAUUAACGGACAACGACCUUUGAGACCUGUGAUUGAUAUUGAUGCCUCUAGUGAGAAAAUGCGAGCUGAUACUGUAACUGCUGAAGACGUUUUUAUUCAUAAUGGGUGGAAUGAUCUCAAUGACGCCAGAGUUCAACCACCUACUAGUUCGAGAUAUGAAGUAAGACCCCGUAUACUUAGUAUAGAAAAAAUAAAUAAUCAGAAAAAAAUAAUCGUGGGUCAAGAUGCGUUAAAAAAAUACGCAAAUCUAGUUUUGCAGAAGUAUCCUGAUUAUCUUGGUGGUUGGGAUAUCGAAGAAAAAGAUUCUCAAUGGUAUGUAUAUUUCAAUCGAAAAACAUAUCAAGAAUGUCCACUAUGCAAUCGCACACACGACAAGGAUCAGCGGUGGUUCGGUCGCGCGUGUUAUGAUGGUUCAUUCAUUGUGAAAUGCUUCCAGCAAAAUCGUGACGCAUCAGGGAAAAUUUUCAAUGACCCAUCUGUUGCAGAAAAAAUCCAGCAAAAAAAUAAUAUUUCACCACCCGUUAUACGUAAGGUGAAGGGUCCGAAAUUUCCAUGGCCUUUCUUAAAAAUGCCAGCUUGGUUUAAUUGUGAUCCCCCUCUUACUGUAACAGAAGUAUAUGAGGAGCGAUAUGUAAAACCUUUACCCGAGGAGGGCGAUGUAUAUGUAGGAUCACCUUGGGAGACGGGAAAAACUUAUACGUUAGAACAUCUUACUAUUCCCGAUGGUAUAAAUUUGCUUGCUUUAUCUACACGGCAUACCUAUUCUAGUGCCGUUACUACAAGGCUAAAUCUCAAAUCCUACUGUGAUAUCGAUACUAAAGAUAUAAAUCUUCCAGAUCAUCAAAGAGUAGUAUGUCAAAUAGAAAGUUUACAUCGCAUUACUAAUAAUUGCAAAUGCGAGAAAAAAUGUAAGUGUCCUCCAAUACCAUAUGAUUUAUGGUUAGAUGAGGUAGUAUCCGUGAAUAGUCAAGCCCACACUCGCUUAGCGGGGCGAUCGAGAGAGUAUUUAUAUAAGUUGAUUCACUCCGCGAGGCGCAUUAUUGUUAUGGAUAAUGAUUUAACCGAUCUCAAUAUAGAAUGGAUUAAAUCACUUCGAAGGGGCAAGCAUUUUUCAGUUGUCCAUAACACUUACCAACCCCAGAAAGGUAAAACGUUCCGCUUAGCAUCUAAUAAAGAAACUGUAUUAACCGAACUUUGGGAUUGGGCAAAGCAGAUGUCUUCAUUACCUUUCGAUGAACGAAAAAGUGCAUCGCUCAUUUGCCAUCUGAGAAAAGAUGUACAAGGAAUC